UUCUACAUAAACUUUUGUAAAAUCAUCAUGUCUACUUCUGGAGAAAAGAGCAGCAAGAUACCGUCUCAGACCGACGGUAAGGCUGACAAGACGAAGAAAACUGAGCAAGACUUUGGCAUGAACUACAAGAUGACUGUUUAUGAGCAAGAGAAUUUCCAGGGCCGUUGCAUGGAAUUCACUGGGGAAUGUCUAAAUAUCUGUGACAGUGGUUUUGAGAGGAUUCGCUCUAUCCGUGUUGACUGUGGACCUUGGGUUGGCUAUGAGCAAACCAAGUUCUGUGGUGAGAUGUUUAUCCUGGAAAAGGGUGAGUACCCUCGCUGGGAUUCUUGGACCAAUAGCUACAGGAAUGAGUGGAUGAUGUCAUUCCGUCCUGUGCGCAUGGAUCCUGAGAAGCACAAAAUCUGCCUGUUUGAGAUGACUGAUUUCAAGGGUCGUAAGAUGGAAAUCAUGGAUGAUGAUGUGCCCAGCCUGUACUUCUACGGAUUUACAGACCGUGUUGGCAGUGUCAGUGUGCCCUGUGGAACCUGGGUGGGUUACCAGUAUCCCGGCUACCGUGGUUACCAAUACCUGUUCGAGAAGGGUGAAUACCGCCACUGGAAUGAAUGGAAUGCUCGCCAACCACAGAUCCAGUCCAUGCGUCGCAUCCGUGACAUGCAGUGGCACCAGCAUGGCUGUUACACAUACACCGCCUAAAACAUUAGUAUGGAAGACAAACAGACACAGAGGAGGAUAUAUUCAUCACACUCCUGCUUUAAUGAGAAAAGUGAGAAAAUUCAAGCUUGCUGGCACAGCAUGAUAGUCAGAUGUCUGAGGUCUGAAUUGUAUUGGUUUAAAAGACAUUUGUGUGGGGGAUGGGCCUGCAAAUAUUUCUUUUUCUGAGCCUUAGCACUCUUUUUCCUUUGUGAGAAUGGGCCUCUUGUCAUGAGUGUGAGGGAGAUACCACCAUCAUUUUCAUGGUGCCCCAACCAGCUGCUUGUAUGCCUUGAUGUGGUUGGAAAUUCCUUAACUCAGCUUCCACAGAGCCUGUUAUAAGUGUGUAUGAGAUAUUGCCAGGAAGAAGUCCAACAGACAGUGAACGUCAUGCUCUUCUACCCACUUUAUAUUCAACCACCACCCCUCCUUCUCCUCUUAUAAAUAUCCAGAUGUAAACCCC